GAUGACUACUACCAGAAGAAGAAGAAGAAGGAGAAGGAAUCAUCAUCCACGAAAAGAAGAACAGCAGCAACAACCCCUCUACAACGAUAAUUAUGAUGACCUCCAUUCGACCUUUUCUCAAAUCAAUUCUACUCAUGGUGGUUAUAGUAGUAGUAAUUAUAAUCAUAGUAAUAUAAAUGAUAUAACUACCUUUGGAGAAGAAGAAGUUGAAGUUGAAGAAGAGGAGGAGGAGGAGGUAGAAGAAGAACCAAGACGAGGACGAACUCGAACUCGAACAAGAUGGGGAGAGGAAGAGGAAGAGGAGAAGAACGGGAAUAGAUGGUUACCACCAUCACCAUCACCAUCUGUAUCCAGGGGAGGAGGAGUAAUUAUGGGAAGAGGGACAGUUGCAACAGCCGUUGAACCGAUAGGAGGGUAUUAUUAUGAGACGAGGGUGGUUGAGCCGGAAUGGACGAGAUGAUUGAUUGGAUGGAAUGGAAUGGAUGGACGAGUCUAGGCGGUCGUUGAAGUGGAGUUAGCUUGCUUUGGGUAAAUAGGC